AGCGGGGGGUCAGGCUGCCCCUGCCCUCCCCCCGUGGGCCGGGCCAGCCGGCGAGGAGCUGCGGGGAGCUGGGGUUGUCGUAGGUUUGGUGUGUCACGCUUUUGGGGACAAAGUUUGGGAAUAAAGGGAGGGUUUCCUCGCCUGAUCCCGGGAAGGAAGGAGAGUUGCGGAGGGGAAAUGCGAGCGCCUGCUCCGCGGAGUCCCGUGCCCUGCCUCCCGCGCUUCCAGCCCGGCUGCUGCUUCUGAUGGUUGCGGGGGACAGGGCAGGGGCUUUCGGCGGGGCUCCUGCCUGCGCUGCGGAGCCAGAGCUGUAGGAAAUGACUAUCCACGGUGUCUCCGCCAACUAAGGUUGUUUCAAACCAGAGAAGUCUGAUUAUUCUGCGAAUAACUUAAGGAUGCGAAUAACUUAGUGCUCUGCGUUGUGAUACUCACCGGGGCACAGCUGUCUCCUGGAGAAACAGUUGAGGAACUGACCUGUUGUAGGGUAGACUGAGCCCUGUGGAGACGUGCUGGAGGGACCACCUCCCAUUUUGCAUCUCACUGUGUGGACUAUGGUGGCAGGAAGAUGUUGGCUCGGAAGAGUAUCAUCCCUGAAGAGUACGUGUUGGCACGCAUUGCUGCUGAGAACCUGCGCAAGCCGCGCAUCCGAGAUCGGCCACGCAAAGCCCGCUUCAUCGCCAAGAAUGGGGCAUGCAACCUGGCACACAAGAACAUCCGUGAGCAGGGACGAUUCCUGCAAGACAUAUUCACCACCUUGGUGGAUCUGAAGUGGCGUCACACGCUGGUCAUCUUCACUAUGUCCUUCCUGUGCAGCUGGCUGCUCUUUGCCAUGAUGUGGUGGCUGGUGGCUUUUGCCCAUGGGGACAUGGAUCCAAGCACAGAAAGCACGACAAACAGCACAAAGUGGACGCCAUGUGUGACAUGUGUCAGGUCUUUCACCUCAGCUUUCCUCUUCUCCAUUGAAGUUCAGGUGACCAUUGGUUUUGGGGGUAGGAUGAUGACAGAGGAAUGUCCCUUAGCCAUCACGGUCCUGAUCCUGCAGAACAUUGUGGGUCUGAUCAUCAACGCUGUCAUGCUGGGCUGCAUAUUCAUGAAAACUGCACAAGCUCAUAGGCGGGCUGAGACCUUGAUUUUCAGCCGUCAGGCAGUCAUUGCAGUCCGAAACGGCAAACUUUGCUUCAUGUUUCGAGUGGGAGACCUGAGGAAGAGCAUGAUCAUUAGUGCCUCGGUGAGAAUCCAGGUUGUGAGGAAGACCACGACCCCUGAAGGAGAAGUCAUACCCAUUCACCAAGUAGACAUCCCCGUGGAUAACCCCAUUGAAAGCAACAACAUUUUCCUUGUGGCUCCCUUAAUCAUUUGCCACGUAAUAGACAAACGCAGUCCUCUUUACGAUAUCUCCGCUGCUGACCUGGCGCUCCAAGACCUGGAGCUCAUUGUGAUACUUGAAGGAGUCGUAGAAACAACUGGCAUCACAACACAGGCCAGAACCUCAUACAUAGCUGAGGAGAUCCUGUGGGGUCACCGCUUUGUGCCCAUUGUCACCGAAGAAGAAGGUGUGUAUGCAGUUGACUACUCCAAGUUUGGCAACACCGUCAAAGUGGCAGCGCCGCGCUGCAGCGCUCGAGAGCUGGAUGAGAAGCCCUCCAUUCUUAUCCAGACCCUGCAGAAGAGUGAGCUAUCCCAUCAGAAUUCCCUGAGGAAACGCAACUCCAUGAGGAGGAACAACUCCAUUCGGAGGAGCAACUCCAUGCGUCGAACCAACCCCUCCCUCAUUGUGCCCAAAGUGCAGUUUAUCACCCCAGAGGGUAACCAGAGUGCCUCAGAAACGUGA